GCUCCUUCCUAUUGGUGAGGACGUCUUUCCAGCUAAGUCGUUGGCCUUCCAUGGGCUGAGCGCUUGACGUAAGCCGCGCGCUGCCUCAUUCACGUGUUGGGAGGGGAAGGGCUCGGCCGGCUCGGAGGAGGCGUGUGUUCUUAUCCGGAUACAGGCUACUCGUUGCUGCAUGUGGCCUCUGUGGCUGACUUGGGCCAUUCCGGGUCGGUGGGGCUACUGGAGCUUGCGGUUUGGGAGAACCAUGUCUGAGGGCUCCGCUCGCCGACCGCGGCCUCCCAAGGACCCUUUGCGGCAUUUGCGUACGCGAGAAAAGCGCGGUCCUGCUGGGGAGCGCGGGGGACCCAGCACCGUGUACUUGCAGGUGGUGGCCUCUGGGACCCGCGAUGCGGGCUCGGCUCUUUACGUCUUCUCGGAGUUUAACCGGUAUCUAUUCAAUUGUGGGGAAGGUAUCCAGAGGAUCAUGCAGGAACACAAAUUGAAAGUUGCUCGCUUGGACAACAUCUUCCUGACUCGAAUGCACUGGUCCAAUGUUGGGGGUUUGUCUGGAAUGAUUCUUACCUUAAAGGAAACUGGGCUUCCAAAAUGUGUUUUUUCUGGACCACCACAGUUGGAAAAAUACCUAGAAGCUAUCAAAGUAUUUUCUGGUCCAUUGAAAGGAAUAAACUUGGCUGUACGACCCUAUUCGGCUCCGGAAUACAAAGAUGAUACAAUGACAGUUUUUCAGUUGCCUAUACAAAGUAAAGGGGUCGCAGGUGAUUACCAGUUAACUCAGCAUUCCAGAAAGUCUCCCACAAGGUUUAGUCCAAACCAUCCUACCAACUUUGAAUCUUUUAAAAGUGAACAGGAACUUCCAGGUGGUAAUGGAAAUAAUUCUCCAAAGGACAUAGAUGACAAUUGGAAAAUAAAAGGCAGAGACCCAUCUUUGGUUGUAGCUUUCAUCUGUAAGCUUCACAUGAAACAAGGAAGUUUUUUGGUGCUCAAAGCAAAAGAUCUGGGGCUCCCAGUUGGUACAUCUGCCAUUGCACCUAUAAUUGCUGCUGUCAAGGCUGGGAAAAGUGUCACUUAUGAAGGAAAAGAGAUUUUGCCAGAAGAGGUUUGCAGCCCUCCAGAUCCUGGCUCUGUUUUUAUUGUGGUGGAAUGUCCUGACCAAGGAUUUGUAGAACCGAUCUGUGAAAAUGACACCUUCCGGAGGUAUCAAGGGGAAAAGGCUGAGGCUCAUGUGGCGGUGGUUGUUCACAUGACUCCAGAAUCAAUAUUGAAGGAUAACAGAUACCAGCAGUGGAUGGAAAGGUUUGGCCCCGAAACUCAGCAUCUGGUCUUGAAUGAGAAUUGUACUUCUGUACACAAUCUCCGUAGCCUUAAGAUUCAAACUCAGCUCAACCUCAUUGACUCAGACAUAUUUCCCCAGCUUACCAACUGUAAUUGCAAGGAGGAUCUGGCUACUUUCUCCCUGCCUGUAAUCCGUGGUGAAUGCCUCCUAAAGUACCAGCUUAGACCGAAACUACAUUGGCAGAGGGAUGCCUGUAUCAUUUGCAACCUUGACGAAUUUGUGACUGAGGCUCUGGACUUGCCUAAUUUUCAGGAAAGGGUACAGGAGUAUAAGGAAAACAUGCUGGACAAUACAGCACUGUUAGGGAAAGGAACCCAGUAUCCAGAAGUCAUAUUCCUUGGAACAGGAUCUGCCAUUCCAAUGAAGAUCCGAAAUGUCAGUUCCACACUUGUGAACAUAAGCUCUGACCAAUCUCUGCUACUGGAUUGUGGGGAAGGCACCUUUGGGCAACUCUGCCGCCAUUAUGGGGAUGAAGUGGAUAGAAUCCUGGUUAACAUUGCUGCUGUGUUUGUGUCCCACAUCCAUGCAGAUCACCAUACAGGCUUAUUAAAUAUCCUGUUGCAGAGAAACCGUGCUUUGGCAUCAGUGGGAAAAUCAUCCAGCCCACUGUUACUAAUAGCGCCUACUCAAGUCAUGAUGUGGCUGCAGCAAUACCAUGACCAUUGCCAAGAGAUUCUAGAUGCUGUCAAAAUGAUCCCUGCCAAGUGCCUCCAAAAAGGAACUGAAGUCUCCAAACCCAUGAUUGCAAAAUUGAUUACUUCACUGCUAGAAAAAUAUGAUUUAGAAGAGUUUCAGACUUGUUUGGUUCAGCACUGUAAGAAUGCUUUUGGUUGUGCAUUGAUCCACAAAUCAGGCUGGAAAAUAGUUUACUCUGGUGAUACCAUGCCAUGUGAUUCUCUGGUCCAUCUGGGGAAAGGAGCUACUAUGCUUAUUCAUGAAGCUACUUUGGAAGAUGGUUUAGAAGAAGAAGCAGUAGAAAAGACACACAGCACUACUUCCCAAGCAAUUGGAGUUGGGGUGAAGAUGAAUGCCAGGUUUAUCAUGUUGAAUCACUUUAGUCAGCGUUAUGCCAAGAUCCCUCUUUUCAGCCCUGACUUUAAUGAGAAAGUUGGGAUUGCAUUUGACCACAUGAGGGUUGGCUUUGGAGACUUUCCAACAGUUCCUAGGCUGAUCUCUCCUCUCAAAGCCCUGUUUGCCGAUGAGAUUGAAGAGAUGGUAGAAAGGAAAGAGAAACGGGAGUUGCGACAGUUCAAAAAGGCCAUUAGUGCAGAUCACUGUGGGCAUGAUGAUGGACAAGGGCCCAAGCAGGCUCAUAACAGAGAAGAGGAACCUAAAAGCCCACCAGUCAAAAAGCUCAAAGUAAAUUGAAGGCAUCUACUGUGGCCCUGGACAAGGAGAAUAGGAACUCAUCCUUCCUUUCCUUUCUUUAUGGGGAGGUCAUGAGAUCUGAUUGAGUAGAGUGGUAUCUUCUUUUGCACUCUAGAAAAAAAAAAUCCUGUUAACUUUGACAGAGUUACUGGGAAGUAGAAUGUAAUCUCUUGGAAGAUGGAUGGUGUGAUUUUUGUCUUUGCAUCCCAGUGUCAGUCAUAUAAUGCCUUGCAAAUACUAGUUAUGUUAUAAAUAUUUGUGGAAUUGAAUUUAAAGAAUGAACAAAUUGAAUCAUAUACAAUUGAAACGUGACUAGAUUAAAUUAUCAGAAAAUUUAAAAAAAAACUUGUUUUUUAAAAUAUCUUUAGACAAUCAGCAGAUGGCAAGAUGGAAAAUAGGAUAUCCCACUCAGGUAGAACUAAUUUCUCUAUAAUGCAGUAAGAGAGAAUGAUAGCAUCCUGAAUUUGAGUGUUGAAAUGGAUGUUAGCAGGCAUGUGACCAAAUCUGACCAGUAAUCCAGCCUCUCUCAAUGAGGAGAAUGCAAUACCUACCAAGGUGUGACAUUUCCCUUUUGAACAGCUUCAAUUGUUAGGAACUUUUUUCCUGACAUCAAGCUUUUAUUUGCUUUUUUGCAACUGCUACCCGUUACUACUGGUUCUUCCUUCUCAAGGCAUGUACACACUGAAGACCUCCACUACCUAAUAAUACUUUCUGAGUCCAGUCAUUCAAGUAGUUGCAAAUUAUUACUAUGCAAUCCUGCUGUAACUUUUCUCCAAGAAUGGUAUGAAAUACUUUAUCAAAUGCUUUGUUAAACCUAGGUAAAUCCUAUAUAGAGCAUUCCCCGUUUUUAUUUUGUUUUAUUUUUAAGCCAAACUGGUUCUUUGUAAUGACUGCUUCUUUUUCUAGAUAGGCUUAUAUGGUUAGAACUAGAAGAGACCUUUGGAGGCCAUCUGGUCCAAACCCCGUAUUUUACUCAUGAGGACACUUGACACCUAGAGAGAAUAAAUGGCUUGCCCAAAAUUACACAGGGAGUUUGAGUCCUUAGACUCUAGUAGAGUCAACGUUCUUUCCCCUCUAACAUUUUGCUUCCUUGAUGUUCACUAAACCAUUUCUGUAAUGAUUAGUUUUAGAAUUUCUGCAGGAAUUAGACCCAUGAUUUUCAGAUUUUGUUCAAUUUUGUUGAAUUCAGCUUCCUCAUAAACCUCAGCUCAUUAUGAACUUUAGCACUCCUAACACUAUUCUUUCAAGAUUAUGUCAUGUAAACAUCUUCUCUCCUAUCCUUGUUUAACUCUUUUGAACAUAUCUUUUUACACGUUUUACACUUUUUUACGUUGGGCUUUCACAUUGGUCUCUUCAGACAACUAUUUUUCCUAAUAGAAAUUAUUUCACUUUGUGUCUUCAGAAUUUCAUCCUUUCAAGUUUCUUAUCAUUCCUGGACAGAUUUCCCCUGCAGAAUUUUAAUCCACAGGAUUCUGCCGCAACUCUCUGAAAUCUAGCAUGUGUGUCUUAACUGUGCUUCCUCUUCUCUUUUACAAAUUUUGGAGGCAAAAAGGGGUCAAAUUUUUCCUCCCACCCUGUUUCCCAUCAUUGUCAUCCCAAUAUCCUGUCUGUGAGAAUCAGAUUGAUUAUGAAAUUUUUUCUUGUUGGUUCCUCCAUCUUUUGAAGGAAGACAUUCUCAAGAAGUUAAUAUUUCAUCUGCUUUUGGCAGAAUGGAUACUCCAGUAAAUAUCUGCAUAAUUGAAUUGUCUCAUCAUGGGUAUAUUAUAGCUUUAUGCCAGGAUUUUGAUCUGUUUCCUGAAAUCAUCUAUAUCUCUUUGUUCAAGUGGCCACUUUCUAUCCACAGUGAUAUGUGUUCCAAGGGGAAUGUGAUCAGUCAGAUGGUGGUAUGUCUACAACAUAACACAUGUACCCUUCAUCCAUUAUCCCACAACACACACCUGCUUCAUCCUUCCAGUCCCUGCUGCUUUACAACUUCCCUGUUCUGCAAGCCCCUUGAGGCAACUAUAAUCUAAUUGCUACCUGUGUACCCAUAGCAGCAGCUGCAUAGGUGCUACUGGGAAAGUUCUCUUGCCUUCCAGAGUACCUUUUGACAGAGCAGGCACCUGAAGGGUGGGCAUUCUGUACUAGGAGUAUGAGCUAUCAUCCCCUUUUUGUUUUGCUUUGGAAAUACAUUACAGUAGUACCUGAAUAUAGCAUAAAUGUACAAGGGUUCGUGCUUGUUUUUUUGGUUUUCUUUUUAACAGGUAAGAGUGCAUGAUCAAAAGUUUGUAGAGUACUGGGCUACUUUAGCACUAUCCCUUCUGUUUCACUUAUUUAUAUCCAGAUGCUCUCCCUCACGUUUACUGUGUCUCUGGAUUUUUUACUUAGUGCCUAAACCUUAAGCAUUAAU